AUGUCUGGCAGUGUGAACGGGUCGACGGCAGCGCUCUACGAUCGGUAUCAGUCUUUCAGAGAAGGUCGAGGCUUCCGCGCCUACGACAACAACAACAACAAGACCCAGUCCGCAGACGCAACCCCUGAUUCCAAGCGAUUCCCCUCAAACAUGGACAUGAAUCCGCCACCGAGCGACGAUAAGGAAAAUAGACCACCUAGCGGAUUUCUUUAUCAAACACCGUCAACAACGGCGUUUCAGCCGUACGAGAGAGUCACGGGCCAGACACAUUCAGACACUUCAACGACUGUCGCUCCUGACGCUCAUCUACGCUACCAAAUAAGACGGCCUGUCGAAGCCUGGAAGUACGUCGAGCAACCUGCGCGAAAUCUGGCCUCCGUGAGCACAUUUUAUGGCGCUCACGAUAAACGCAUCGGUCGGUGGGCCGAUGGGGCCCGCAUUUUGGCGAACGUGUGUGUUUGGACUGCUCAUCCCACCCCACCCCACCACAUCCGGUCCAUUCUACUCUGCUUCCUGCUUUGGUUGUAUCUGCGCCUCGCACGCACGCACACCCACACCUGUCUUGUGGCGCUACCCAACUGUAACAUAACGACGUCGAAAGCGAUUCCAUCACAGUCGUUAGCUAACAGAUUUCCCGUUUUCUGUCGCGAGUUCGGAAACGUGAUUUGCCUCAUACGCAGCGUUUACCUUUUCGUAUUCAAGCGCAGGAGAGAGGACGGCUCAGUGAUUUACCUGUGUCGCACCUGCUCCGCCGUUUACAAGCACAAAAAAUCCCUCAACAAGCACUGGAAGGACAAGCACGCGACAGACGGAGGCGACGUCAGUGGCGCGAAUGAUGACGAGAGCGACUCCCACAACGAGUCCUCAUUCAGCGAAGCCACGACCUUCCUGCCGCCUCAACUGCCUCCUCAGCAGCACAAGAUGCGGACAUCACUCCGUCGACUGCCGCAGGAACCGAUCGCACCGGCUUUCUUGAAGAGGCGUCGUAGUGAAUUUCCGCUGAACGCUAUUCCAGAGCCUUCACCGCUGGAUUUGUCAGUGGCCAAGCCUCCACCGCCACCGCCGAGGCUGCCGGAGGUGAAAACCGAGGACGGCGAUGAGUAUGGAAGAACGAUGGAAGAGGAUGAGGAAGCUGGUCCGCUACGCGACCGACACAUUCUCACACUCCUUCUCCAGUCCGCCCUGAAUGCACUCACCAACGAGCCCGAGGCGGCAAAGACCACCGACGCCCUCUCCUCAACCACCCUGAACCUUCUGCGCGCUGUUGGCAGCAUCCUUGUCUCGUCAACCAAGAAGGCGGACCAACCGAAGCGACCGCAGCAGACCCCUCCUCCGCCUGAACAGGCGAGUGCUGAGCGCAAACAACUACCGCCGCAACAGCAGUCGCAGCAACAGGAGGACCCGCUGAUUCCCUGUCCAGCCUGUCCAUUCGUUGCUCGGUGGUUCAGCGAGUUGAGGGCGCACAUGGUGAACCACUCGGGUCACCGGAUGUUCGGGUGCUGCUACUGCCCCUACCGAGCCAAGUGGAAGUGGGACGUCGCGAAGCACAUGCGAAGGUGUCUGCACGCCCGACAUGUGGCCCACCUGCCAAACGAGGGGCUUCUUCGCAUGAUCACGUACUUUGCGCCACCGCCUGAAGACAUUCUCUACGCCUACUUUCCUCGAUGUGGCUAUCCGGGCAUCGGUGUGGAUCAGCCGCCGCUUCCUCCUCCUCCUCUACCGCCACCACAGGUCUCUCGGACGGUUGAACAGGAGGGAACAGACGAGGAAAGUGAACAAGCCCUCUGCAUUGACGAGAACCCAGCGACAACGAGCGAGGACGCACGAAAUACGGGUGACGAUAAACCACCGGUAUUGGAACGGGCCGUGGAACCGGAUCAGAAGCCGGGACUGGUCUUCCGGCUGAGGAAGUGCACCGCGUGCAGCUUCCAUUCCCAGGACGAGCACGAGUUGCAGGACCACAUGGCUCGUUCGCAUUGCCACGAGGCAACGGCGUCGUGA